CUAAUAUGUCACUGCUCUGCCGAUGUCUGGUUUUCUUGGGAUCAAGCUUGUGAUAGAGACUACAUAGCAGCCCACAAUGGAUUCCACUGAAGCAGAAGUUGCAGCCCACGGUGAAGAAAGUAAAGACACUGUACCAAGCACAUCAAAUGUAUCCAAUCAAGGAGAACAUGGACCAAAAUCGAACAAGGCAUCUUUGAAGAGGAAAUCUGGCUCAGCUACAAAUCACAAAGCUAAGAAGCGUAAAACGACCAGAGUGAAAAGGGCUUCUCAGCCUAGCUACACAGUCCAUGAAGGGGAAGAUAUGCUACUUGUCAUAUCUAGCAGUACGUCACAGUAUGAUGGUUCAGCCUGGGUUCCCAAAAAGAAGGGAAGCAAGAAAAAGAAACUUGUUAAAGGAAAGGGGAAAACGGUUCAGAUGAAGAAAAAGAAGCCUGUCAUUGCCAAGCCAAAACUGUCAAAUGAUUACAAUAAAGUUGCCAAACUUGCCAAGGAAGAAGAGAACACUUCUGUGUUUGUGCCAGAGAAAGCAAGAGACAACAGAUGGGGUCAAAGUCUUCCGGAGGAGGUGCUGAUCAAUAUUUUCCAGAUGGUGGUUGUCCAAGAUGGUGCGGUGCCAUUUCUAUGCAGGGUGGGGAGAGUUUGUCGUCUGUGGAACGUUGCUGCCUCCAGUCCUGUCCUGUGGCGCAAAGUGACUGUAGGUCAUUGCUGGAUUGCACCAGGAAAAACCCAGCUGCCUAAAACAGAGGAAAAAAUAAAGGACACUCUUAACUGGCUUGCACAGAACAGAUUUUCCCAGCUGCGAGACUUCUCUCUCUGUCACUGGACUAAGAAUGUUGACUAUGCAGUAGAUGUUGUGUCGCAGUUCUGCCCUCACCUUCGCUCCCUCACGUUCUCCUACUGCACAGGCAUGAAAGCGCAGGCCUUCCAGAGCCUUGGUCUGCACAGCCGGUCUCUGCAGAGCAUAAAUCUCCAGCAUUCAGAGUUUCAGGUUGAGGGUGGUCUCCUGGAGUAUCUUGUAAACCAUGGAAAUCAGAUCAGGCAAAUUUUGUUCACUCGUGGACCAAAGAAUGACAGACUUCUGACUGCUAUUUCGAAGGGAUGCUGUCCUGAUUUGGAGUUUUUGGAGGUCAAUAAAAAGCUUGACAGUAAAGAUUGUGAACUUCCCAUAUGCAUCCAGGCACUACAGAUAGCAUGCCCUAAACUCAAGACCUUCCGGAUGCUGAAUGUCAGACUUCUUCACCGGACAAUGCGUAAUGGUGCGGAAUUAACAUCAGGCUUCCCGUUACUGGAGGAACUAUGUAUCGCAACCACGUCUUAUUCCUACAUGACUGACAAAGAUUUGUUAGACAUUCUAUUCAGCUCCAACAAGUUGCGGGUGCUGGACCUGCGAGGCUGUUCUCGAAUCACACCAGCUGGUCUUGCAACAUUACCAUGUCUUGAGCUUGAGUGUCUGUUCUGGGGACAAUAUUUCAGCAGCCAUAUUGGGUUGUCAACACUAAAGAAGGGGCUUCACAUGGUGACCCAAAAGUGGAACCAGACACUUCAACAGCUUGACAUUGCUAAUCAGCUCUUCUCUGAGGAGGACUUGGAGAUUGCAAUGAGUAGCCUUGCUCAGGCAACAGAUGCAGACACCCUACGUUCACUCAACCUGAGUGGGACCAGGAUCACACCACCUGCCCUAAGGUCAGUCAUCGGCCAAUUGACUGCUCUGAGCUACCUCAACCUUUCAUCCUGCCGUUAUCUUCCAAGAGGAGUGAAGAGAGUUUACCGCGGCCAAGAGGACAUUCGCCAGCUGCUGGACAAAUUGGAGUAAUUCUGAUGUCAGUUUGGUUCAGAAAUUGAGGCCUAAAGUACAAGGCAUACCUGACUGUCUUAAAAUAUGCCUCCUUGUGGAUUAUGUUGUUCAUAUAGAAUGAGUAUUUUACCCUUCAUGAAAAAACACACCUUACUUUUGCAAGAAAGCAGAAACUAGGGAUUUGAAAUUCAGUGAGAAUACCAGGUGCUACUGUAUUAAUGUCAAUUAAUAAUCAGUAAAGGCAUUGUCUACAUGUAGCUUAGGUGUCACACUGACAUGUUGAAUUGGGUCAUAUGUAAAUACUGUCUGAAUCGCAAUUGUAAACCUACAGUGGCACAGUGGGGUGGGUGACACUUGUAUGUACUAGUAUUACUUGGAUAUAAUUUCUUGAUUAUUUCAUACAUUCUCUUUUUUUAUACUGAAAAUAAAUCCAGACAAGAGUUUUUCAAUAAAUAUGAAAUUGAAAAUAAUUGUUCAGUUUUUUUAAUUCUAAUGUUGUUUAGAUACUUUCCUAACACUAGGGAGUGCUGUAAUCUCAAGAUAAAUGACCGAGUGACCAAAUGGAGUCUGCCUUGUUG